GUGGGGCGGGCGGCGGUGGCCGGGGCCAUUGUCUCCCGCCGGGUUUUCCCCCCCUUCCCGCCGGCCCGGCGCUCGCAGCCGCCCGUUAAAAGAGCAGGCAAGAUGGCCGAGCUGGGCAGCAAGGGGGUGACGGCCGGCAAGAUCGCCAGCAACGUCCAGAAGAAGCUCACCCGGGCGCAGGAGAAGGUCCUUCAGAAGCUUGGGAAAGCAGACGAAACAAAAGAUGAGCAGUUUGAACAGUGUGUGCAGAACUUCAACAAGCAGCUGUCUGAAGGCACAAGGCUGCAGAAGGAUCUCCGAACUUACUUGGCUUCUGUAAAAGCUAUGCACGAAGCCUCCAAGAAGCUGACGGAGUGUUUGCAGGAAGUUUAUGAGCCGGACUGGCCUGGGAGAGAUGACACAAAUAAAAUAGCAGAGAACAAUGACCUCCUCUGGACGGAUUUCCAUCAGAAACUGGUGGAUCAGGCACUUCUGACCAUGGAUACAUACCUUGGCCAAUUCCCAGAUAUCAAAUCUCGUAUAGCGAAGCGAGGAAGGAAGCUUGUGGAUUAUGACAGUGCCAGACACCACUUUGAAGCCCUGCAAACUGCAAAGAAGAAGGAUGAAACCAAAAUUGCAAAGCCUGUUUCGCUGCUUGAGAAAGCUGCGCCUCAGUGGUGUCAAGGGAAGCUACAAGCUCACCUCGUUGCGCAAACUAAUCUGCUCCGAAAUCAGGCUGAAGAAGAGUUAGUAAAGGCUCAGAAGGUGUUUGAAGAAAUGAACAUUGAUCUGCAGGAGGAGCUGCCUUCACUAUGGAAUAGUCGUGUUGGUUUCUACGUCAACACAUUCCAGAGUAUAGCAGGCCUAGAAGAAAACUUCCACAAAGAGAUGAGCAAGUUGAACCAAAACCUCCAUGAUGUCCUGCUGGGUCUAGACAAGCAGUACUCAGGCAAUGCCUUUCCCAUUAAAGCACAGCCCAGUGACAGCACCCCAGCGAAAGCAAAUAAAAGCCCCUCGCCUCCACCAGAUGGAUCUCCCAUCACCAGCCCUGAGACCAAGACUGUUAACCAUGAGCUGGAACCAUCCACUUUGGAAGCACCUGGGGCAAGCAUCCCAAAAUCACCAUCUCAGUUGAGGAAAGGGCCUCCGGUGCCUCCGCCUCCAAAAGUCACCCCUUCCAAGGAGAUCAAGCAGGAGAACAUCAUCAGUCUGUUUGAUGACAAUUUUGUCCCUGAGAUAAGUGUGACAACCCCCUCGCAGUUUGAUGCUCCUGGGCCCUUCCAGGAGGGAGCCAGCCUGUUGGAUCUGGAUUUUGAUCCCAUUAAACCAGAUGCCACUGUGGGGAAGACCCCUACACCUGCUUCUCAGCCUACAGAAGCAGCCCAUGCAGGAGCUGAAGCAGCUGGAUCUGAAGCAGCAGCUGGAGCUGAAGCAUCUAAAACUGAAGGUGAUUCAGGAUCGAGCUCUCUGCCCGCUGUCGUUGUGGAGACUUUCCCUGCUACUGUCAAUGGCACCGUGGAAGGAGGUGCCUCCUCUGAAAGAGCUGACAUGCCCCCAGGAUUUCUGUUCAAGGUCCAGGCUAUGCAUGAUUACACAGCUACCGACAGUGAUGAAUUGCAGCUGAAGGCCGGGGAUGUGGUGCUUGUGAUUCCAUUUGAGAACCCUGAGGAGCAGGAUGAAGGAUGGCUGAUGGGUGUGAAGGAGUCUGACUGGAUCCAGCAUAAGGAACUUGACCAAUGCCGAGGGGUUUUCCCAGAGAAUUUCACAGAGCGGGUGCAGUGAAAGCAUGAGCCCGCCAGCCACGCUUCUGCUGGAAGAAAGCAAGUUUUCUGGUAGAUAAUUGAAAAAGAGCAGUAAAAACAAAGAGAAAUUUAAAGGAACAGAAGCCUGAAAAAAUUGUCAACUUAAAGGGUGUGUGCUUUUCAAAGGGCAAGGUUUCAGAAGUAAAUUGCAAUUCAAAGCGUUA